AUGCGCUGGCCACAUUCUGUCUGCGUUUUUUGGUUUUUGUGGCUCGUCUUCCUGUUUCAAUCGGGAAAUUCUGGAUUGCCGAGUGAGAUUAUCUCGCUCCAGGGAGAGUGGCUGUUUUGGAAUAGUAACAAAACGGUUAAUGGUACCGGCAAUAUUCCUGGAGAUAUCUAUUCCGAUUUAUACGCGUCGGGAAUCAUAGACAAUCCGCUCUAUGGAGAAAAUCAUCUUAAUCUGAAAUGGAUUUCCGAGGAGGAAUGGACAUAUCAACGCAAGAUUCUGUUGCAUCGGGAAGAUUUAACGCCUGGAUACUUCCUCGACAUCACCAGUCUCGACACGAUUGCCACCAUCUAUUGGAAUGGCGAGAAAGUGAUGCAUACCCGAAACCAAUUCGUUCCAUAUAAUGUCAACGUGACCGAUUUGGUCAUUUCUGGCUACAAUGAAAUUAUGAUCACUUUUAAGAGUGCAGUGAAGUAUUCCAAGAAAAGAGCAGAAGAAUACUCGAGCGUGUUCGGCCACAAACUUCCACCAGAUUGCAACCCGGAUAUCUACCAUGGGGAAUGUCAUCAAAACUUCAUCAGAAAAGCUCAAUACAGUUAUGCCUGGGACUGGGGACCGUCCUUCCCAACUGUUGGAAUCGUUGAUGACAUCUAUCUGAAUGUAUACCGGGGACACCUGUUCCAUGACUUCACCUGGAAAACUAUUUAUGUCAAGGGAAAAUGGCACGUAGAAUUCGAGUUCGAAACAUUCCACUAUGGCAGCAGGACGGUUGACUAUGUAGUGGAAAUCCCGGAGCUUGGUAUCAGAGAGAUGGAUUACUACAGAAUGUCUUCCUUGAUAAGCAUGCAAUCGCGGUCAAAGAACAGACUUAAGUUUUCUAUUCCACCAGCAAAAGAGCCUGAGAGAUGGUGGCCGAACGGAAUGGGAGAGCCGAAGUUGUAUGAUGUCAUUGUGUCUUGUGGGUCUCAAGUAAAACAAAGGAAGAUUGGAUUCAAGACCGUGGAAUUGGUUCAAGACUUCAUCAACCCAGAAAAGCCAGAACAAGGCAGAAAUUUCUACUUCAAAGUCAACGAUGUUCCUAUAUUUCUGAAAGGAACCAACUGGAUCCCGGUCUCCAUGUUUCGCAACAAGACAGAGAACUUUGAGAAGACAAAGUUUUUGUUGGAUUCAGCGGUUGAAGUUGGAAUGAAUGUGCUUCGAGUCUGGGGUGGUGGCUACUAUGAGAACAACGAUUUCUUCAUGUAUGCCGCAAAAAAAGGGAUUUUGAUUUGGCAGGAUCUCAUGUUUGCCUGUGCGCUCUACCCCACAACUGAUGAAUUCAUUAAAAAUGCUGAGAAGGAAGUUUAUGCUCAAGUGGAUCGUAUUGCUCAGUUCCCAUCGCUUCUCGUUUUCUCUGGAAACAACGAAAAUGAGGCUGCGAUCAGAGGUCAUUGGUGGAAGACUGCGAACUACUCGGAAAAUCAGCAAGUGAAGGAUUAUGUGUUGUUGUACAAGAGAUUGGGCAAAAUCACCAAGUCCUUGACUCCUACUAUUCCUUUCAUCUUGUCGAGUCCUUCUAAUGGAAUUCAAACUGAAAUAGAAGGAGGAGUCUCCAAGAACCCAUAUGACGUCAAAUAUGGUGACAUUCACUAUUACAAUGAGUUUGUGAAUUUGUGGAGAGAUGACACUUAUCUGAUACCGAGAUGUGUUUCUGAGUAUGGUGUUCAGAGUUAUCCAUUGAAAGAAACCAUGCUGAAUUGGAUUGACAAAUCAGAUUGGGAGUACACCAGCAAGGCGAUGUUCCAUCGUCAACACCAUCCUGGGGGAAUUGCUACUAACCUACUCAUGAUCUUCCAACAUUUGCCGAUUCCAUCUCAAUGCGAUGGAAUCGCUCUGUCCGACAUCAGUUCGUGCGAAUACGUCACCUCCAGCUCUUAUAUGAGUCGACUUGCAUAUUUCUCUCAAAUCCAUCAGGCGGUUGCUCUCAAAACUCAAACUCUUCACUAUAGAAGAUUCCGAAACAUCACCACAGAUGAAGGCUUGGGUAACACCAUGUGUGCAAUGUACUGGCAGCUCAAUGAUGUCUGGGCGGCACCAACAUGGUCUUCAAUCGAUUUCGAUCAGAACUGGAAGAUGGCUCAUUAUGAAGCUAAACGCUUCUUCGCUAACACGGCUGUCUUCUCCUUUGCCGAUGAAGCGGAUUUCAAUCUGAAAGUGUUCAUUCUCAACGAUAACAUGUAUGACCUCAACAAUGUGACCGUCAAUGUUCAGCAACUCAGCUGGGGAAAUGGUCUCGACCCAAUCCUCACCAACGAAUUCAAUGUUGAUGUUGUCUCUGCUGCCUCCUCUCAAAUUGUAGAAACUGGAAUGAAAUUCUCCAAACUCAACGACCUAGCCGAUUUUCUCUACGUCACCACCUUGUACAACUCCACCGGCGCCAAAAUCCAUGAAGACGUUCUUGUCCCUGAUUUUCUGUUUGAGGUUGACUUCAACACCUUCGGCGAUGUCCGUAUUGGAGAGGUUAAGAAAAUCAAUGACCUCACCUACGAAAUCGCCGUCACCACCGACAAGGUCUCCCCAUUUACCUGGAUCUCCUGCAAGAAGCCAUUCGUCGGAUGGUUCACUGAUAACGGCUUCCAUAUGAUUCAAACUUUGCAAAAAGUCCGCCUGGUCACCAAGGAGGCAGUGGAUCUCCAGAAAACUGAUUUCUCUGUUUGUAACUUGAAAAAUUGCUACGUGUAA